AUGGCCUACCGCCUCAUCACCCAGGUCGUCUUCGUCGGCACCCGCAUCGUCGGCCGCUCCUUCGCCGCCGCCUACAAGCAGGCGCAAGCCUCCUCCGAGUACGCCCGCGCGCAGGCCAAGAACGGCAACGCCCCCGCCAGCUCCAAGGGCGGCAGCCUGGCCUCGGGCAUGACGCUUGACGAGGCGUGCAAGAUCCUCGACGUCGAGGCCCCCGGCAAGGACGGCGCCAACGCCAAUGCCGGCGAGGUCAUGGAGCGCUUCAAGAAGCUCUUUGACGUAAACGACCCCAAGAAGGGCGGCAGCUUCUACCUGCAGAGCAAGGUGCUCCGGGCACGGGAGAGGUUGGAAAAGGAGAUUGGCCCGCUCGUUGAGAAGGAGGAGGUCGAGGCCGAGGCGAAGGAGGGUUUCAAGCCCAAGAUUUACAAGGACCGGUGA